UAUAAUGAAAUAACAAGCUAUCUCUUCACCACAAGACAAGCUUUUCAUAAUUCACCAUGAGAGGACACAGACUCUUUUGUGUAUUCUUGAUUCCUUUCUGCUUAUUGAAUUCCAUUGCCAACAUCUUUGUUCUGAAUGCUUACUGUCUUGACAAUCAACGUUCCUUAUUGCUCAACUUGAAAAAUAACCUGAUAUUCAACCCUUCAAAAUCCAAAAAGCUAGUUCUUUGGAAUCAAAGUGAAGAUUGUUGUCAAUGGGAAGGAGUAAAAUGCAAUGAGGGACAUGUUAUAGCCCUCGACCUCAGUGAAGAAUCUAUCUCUGGAGGGCUAGCUGAUUCAAGCAUUCUUUUUAGCUUGGAAUAUCUACAAAGCUUGAAUUUGGCUUUUAAUAACAUACAUUCAGUGAUUCCUUCAGAGCUGCACAAGUUGAAAAACUUGAGGUAUCUGAACUUGUCUAUGUCUGGCUUCGAGGGACAAAUUCCACAUGAGAUUUCUUAUCUAAAAAGGUUGGUUACUAUUGAUUUAUCUUCUUCAUUUACAUCACCUAAUAGGCUAAAACUUGAGAAGCCAAAUAUAGCAAUGCUUUUGCAAAACCUCACAGAUAUCAAAGAAUUGUUUCUUGAUGGUGUAGCAAUAUCUUCCAAGGGAGAAGAGUGGUGCCAUGCUUUAUCUUCAUUACAGGAUUUACGUGUUCUAAGCAUGUCAUCAUGCAAUCUCUCAGGACCUAUUGAUUCUUCACUAUCUAAGCUACAUUCACUCUCUGUCCUGAAAUUGAGCCAUAACAAUAUGUCAAGCACAGUGCCAGAAUCCUUUGUAAAUUUCUCCAAUCUGGCUACACUAGAACUGGGUAGUUGUGGCUUGAGUGGUUCUUUUCCAAAAGGUAUCUUUCAAGUACCAACAUUAAAGGUUCUUGACUUAUCAUACAAUCAAGAUCUUGGUGGUACUUUUCCUAACUUUCCAACAUAUGGGUCGCUUCAGUAUUUGAAUCUUAGUAACACAAAUUUUUCAGGACAGUUCCCAGAUACCAUUUCCAAUUUGCAGCAAUUGUCAACAAUUGAUUUAUCUUAUUGCCAAUUCAAUGGAACACUUCCAAGUUCAAUGUCAAAACUCACCCAACUUGUUCAUCUUGACUUGUCUUCCAAUAAUUUCACAGGUUCACUUCCUUCUUUCAAUAUUUCCAAAAACCUCACAUAUUUAUUCCUCUUUCAUAAUCAUUUAAGUGGGGUGUUGCCACCUAGCUAUUUUGAGGGCAACGAAAAUCUUGUGACCAUUGAUUUAGGAUUCAAUUCUUUCAGUGGAAGGAUCCCCUCAUCUCUGUUUAAACUUCCACAUUUGCUUGAACUCAGGCUUCCUUAUAAUCAAUUCAGUGGUCUCUUUGAUGAGUUUUCCUCUUCACCGGUAUUAGAGAUGCUUGAUUUGAGUGGCAAUAGUUUACAAGGGCCUAUUCCCAUGUCUAUCUUUAACCUAAGAACACUUCGCGUCAUUCAACUUUCUUCAAACAAGUUUAAUGGCACAGUCAAAUUGGACAUGAUUCGUAGGCUGCAUAAUUUAACUACACUAGCCCUCUCACAUAACAAUUUGUCAAUUGAUAUACACUAUAAGGAUGAUUUUGAUCCAUCACCCUUUCCUAAAUUAGGAAAUCUAAUGGUGGCAUUUUGCAAGAUGAGAGGGUUCCCUAGUUUCCUGAGAAAUCAAUCCACAUUACUAUAUCUUGACCUAGCUGGCAAUGAGAUUGAAGGACCAAUUCCUAGUUGGAUUUGGCAACUUGAUUAUGUGAUGCACUUGAAUCUUUCAAAAAAUUCUCUGACAAAUUUAGAAGGAAGUUUCUGGAACGCUAGUGAGAACCUCUUUUUGGUUGAUCUUAGUUUCAACCUACUGGAAGGGCCUUUUCCUUUCAUUCCAAAGCUUGUAAAUUAUUUGGACUACUCAAACAAUAGAUUUAGCUCUAUCAUUCCAUUGGACAUUGGAAACCACCUCCCUUUUGCAACUACUCUGUCUCUUUCAAACAACAAUUUUGAAGGACAAAUCCCUGAAUCCUUUUGCAAUGCUUCAAGUCUUCAUCUGCUAGAUCUUUCAUACAAUAACUUUGUUGGGAUGAUUCCAAAGUGUUUUGCAACAUUGAGUAACAACCUUAGGGUGCUCAAUUUUGGUGGCAAUAAACUUCAUGGUCAUAUUCCUAACACAUUUCCAUCUUCUUGUACUCUACAGUUAUUGGAUCUAAAUGACAAUCUCUUGGGGGGUACCAUCCCAGAAUCAUUAGUGAAUUGUCAGAAACUUCAAUUCCUAAACCUUGGUACGAACAUGUUAACGGACAGAUUUCCAUGUUUCUUAAGCAACAUUUCCACCUUGCGUAUCAUGGAUUUGAAAUCAAACAAGCUUCAUGGGUCCAUUGAAUGCCCGAGAAGCACUGGUAAUUGGGAAAUGCUUCAUAUUGUUGAACUAGCAUCCAAUAAUUUCAGCGGGGCAAUACCAGGGUCAUUAUUACUUAGUUGGAAAGCAAUGAUGCGGGAUGAAGUUGGGCCAGAAUUUGGCCACUUCUUUCUUGAUGUUGUUGAUCACUACAAUCCUAUAAAUUUCAAGGAUAUAGUGUCACAUUUGAACAAAGAAAUUGCAGACAAAAUAAUUAAACUUGUUACAAAUGUGCCUCGCUAUAUCCUUGACCAGGGAUCCUCUGAUACUUAUGCAGUAGAUCUUUCAAGAUAUCAGAGUUCAAUCAUUAUUGUCAACAAAGGUCUACAAAUGAAACUUGUCAAAAUUCAACGAGCCUUCACUUAUGUGGACUUGUCCAACAACAAUUUUGAGGGGCCAAUACCUGAUGAGUUGAUGCAGCUGAAGGCACUGUUUGCUCUUAACUUGUCAAAUAAUGCAUUAUCGGGUCAUAUCCCAUCAUCUAUAGGAAAUUUGAAAAAUAUUGAGUCUUUGGACCUGUCCAAUAAUUCUUUCAAUGGAAGGAUUCCCGCAGAGCUUGCAAGCCUAUCUUUCCUUGCUUAUUUGAAUCUCUCAUUUAAUCACCUUGUUGGGGAAAUUCCAGAUGGUACUCAAAUUCAAUCAUUUGAUGCAAAUUCCUUUAAAGGUAAUGGAGAGUUAUGUGGACCUCCAUUGACCCACAAUUGCAGUGAUGUCGGAGUGCAUGGACUAUCUAAAACACCUCAUGACAUUGAGAGUUCAAUUCAUUGGAAUUUCUUAAGUGCAGAGUUGGGCUUUAUUUUUGGCUUUGGAAUUUUUAUUCUCCCUCUCAUUUUGUGGAGGAGAUGGAGACUGUGGUAUUCCAAACAUGUUGAUGAGAUGCUUUACAAAAUCAUCCCCCAACUUGAUUUUGUAUAUGAAGUCCAUGGAGGGAGAAGGUAUAAAACUCUAGGAUGCAGAAGGUGAACUCGAGGAAAAAGCUUCAUUGAUUUAGCUCAUGCAAUAGUGAAAUUUGUACUCUACUAGUUUUUGGGUCUUGUGAGCAGUAUAGAAUAAGGAUUGUGUCCACGCAUAGAUCAUGUUUGAGCCUAUUUACAAGUUAUAGUAUGUAAAAUGGAUAAUCUGAUUACGUAUACGUCGAUAUCUGUCACCAUAUUCAAUAUACUGUAUUGUAAUCUUGGACAAUUUAAGCCUUUUUCUUAACAAUUAUUCAAAG